UUAAUGCAAAAAAAAAAUUUUUUUUUUUUGUUUCUAUACACAGAUGUAUCACCUGCAAGUGGGUCAGGAUCAUUAAAAAAAUCCCAAGGUUUCCUAAAAAAUUGGAAAAGUGAAAAAAAUAAUAAAACAAAUAAUAACGAUCAAAUAAAUAAUGUAACAUUAAAAUUAUCCGAAAUAAAUAAUUUAAAUAAUUCAAUUAAAAAUAAUAAUUAUUUAUUAUUUAAAUCAAACGACAUUUGGAGUGCAUCAAAUACCAUAUCGUCAGUUGGUGGAUCAAGUAGAAGAAAUAAAAGAAGUGUUGUUCAUUUAUUCAACAUGGUUUUAUGUGCAACUGGCUGUAAUCCACUUGCAUUCAAAGGAUACGGUUGUUUUUGUGGUUUUUUAGGAUCUGGUUAUCCAGUCGACGGAAUUGACAGAUGCUGUUGGAUACAUGAUCGUUGUUAUGAUGCAACUGGAUGCCCAACAUUUAUAGAAUAUUUUGUUCCUUACUAUUGGAAAUGUUAUCGAGGAUCACGACCAAUUUGUGCAAUAAGUCAUGGAAGUUGGGGAGGGUCUGGAUCAUGCUCACAACGUCUUUGUGAAUGUGAUCGUGCUCUAUCACAAUGCCUCAGUAGAUUUCCUUGUCCACAGACAAAAGCUGUUUGUACAUCAGCACCAUUUAGAUUUAUACAAAAUAUAUUUAUGAUGCUUUAAUUUGUCAUUUUAAAAAUUAUCAAUAAAAUAAAAAUAUUAUUCAAUUGUCAACAGU